UAAGUUAAUUUUAAGACAGGUCCACCUAUUUCAGCGGUCGAUAUUUACAAGAGAAUUCUUACCACUCUAUGGUGAUGUGUAUUCUACAUUAUCGACCAGACCUGUAAUACGAUUUGCGGAUUUCUUCCAUAUUAUGCCUCACGGGGUAAAACUGUUUCAGUAGUUCUCAUUUCUUUUUAAUUGUCAAUUUAAAUUUCACUAUCGAUACAAUCAUCGAUUUUAGAUAAUAUAAGUAUAUCAGAAUGAAAACAAAAAUAAGAAUUUUACAAGUACUAACAGGAAUUAGGAGCUACUAAUGUAACAAUACAUCAAAAAUUCACAUCAUUCAUCUUGAAAUAAAGAUAAAAACAUUUUUAUCGAUUAUGUUAACAUCACCAUUGAAGUAAUCGAUCUGUCACAUCACUGAUCGUUGGUCAUUAGUUGUUAGACUAGAUCGACCAUAGUGUCAAAGACAAAUAAGAGAAAGGAGAAGAUGAGAAAAAGAAGCAGGCGUUGGCCUACCUGUUUUCUCGCUCUCGUUAGGCUUAAAUUUGAUAAGCCGUGAUAGCGAUGGCAGCGAGGAUCGUGUGUUAGUGCUUUCUGGUCGGUGUUAGUGGACAUGGUAUAUAUCCGGCAUCAUAAGUGGCCACCUCAUAUGGUCAAUCUCGUAUUACGUCUGGGCUAACUCGGACAACACACUACACAUCGGGUGACACACUUUAAGGUAAACGGUACAUCACAUUUUUCCUUAGUAUAGUCCAGAACGCUCCUUAUGGAGGAGAUUUUUAAAUCUAUUAAUUAUGGAAUCGUAGAUUAUCGUUUUGCUAAUGACUAUUAAUGGCGUGUAUUCAUUAUAUCGAUAAAAAGUUAUUAAAGAAUAAAGAUACAACACGCAUUUUUAACGACAUAAGUUACUUACGAAAAGGAUUUUUAAGAUCUGCGACUGUUUAAUAAAAAUGUAAUAAAAGUACCGAUUUCCAAAGUUUUGAAUUUUGUCUCUAAAGCAAUAUAAAUUUCCUAAUAUUAAAAAUUAUUUAGAAAGCCUGAAAAAGCUUGAUUAUAUUCAAUUUUAGAUUAACCUAAUGGAAUAUUCUGAACCAUAUAUUUUUUACAGUCAGCCAGAAGUCGCGGGGAUUUUAAAUCGUAAACUUCGAAAGGUGUCACCCGUUGUGCACGUAAUCGACGCACACCUUCGUGCAAUCAGCAACGGGCGACCAUCUUAUUACGGGUGUGUGGUACAAACAUGGGUAGCAAAGUGUAAACCACCAUUAUUAUUAGCGAAACGUGUAAUAAGAGACAUUCUGCGCCAGUUCGAGAAAGAAUACCGAAACACAAUGGGGAUAUUGCAGACGCUGCCUUGAACAAUAUUUUUCGAGGUUAGGCAUAAACAUCAAUUAGAUCGAAAUUGUUGCUUUUAAAAGAAUAAUCCACCAUGGAUGGCCGAUUGUUUCCAUCAAUAUCGAUUCGAUCUCAAUGGCGUCAAACAACGAUGAAAUUACAAAGCAAAAGGAGAAGAUUGGUAUCACGCAAAACAUCCUGCCGAAGUGGUAAGCCAACGGAGCGUAAAAUGAAACAUUGUUCGUGGUACCAAUUUGCUGGGAAUUAAUUAAAUACAAAUUUAACACUUUGAAGGGAAAAGAGAACCCGAAGCCAAAAAACAGGUUAAGUGGUUACAUUGUUCUUUGUUAAAUGGAAUCGCGAUGGUCGCAUCGAUGACGCAUCAUUCUUGUUACAUUUUAACAUACACUAAUAAUACUUUUAUUAAUUUAGAUCUUUCCAUCUUUCUUUAUAUGAGUUAGGAAUAUUUUCUUAUUAUUUAGUUUAUUGUUAGAUUUAUUAUAGGUAUAAUUUAUUAUUUAAUAUAUUAAUUAUUUUUUACUGUUUCCUUCACCAUAUUUAUUUUGUUCAUGAUUAUUAAUAAAUAUUCGCCUUGAAAAGUAGAUAAGAAAUACAUAUAAAAUUGUUGUUAACAUUUUUUAAGCUUUGGCGAACUUAUCUUAACGUACUUUACUAAUAAAUAUAUUUUUAUGCUUUUAUAGAGAUGCUUUUAUAAAUAUACUUUUAUAAUUAUAUAUAUCUAAGUUAUAAUAUCUAAUUAAUAUGAUCAGUAAGUAUUUAACUCUCAUAUUGAAUUUAUCACAUAAACUUAUAUACUUAUAUACUUGUGUGUGUAUGUUUCAUUGAGAGAUGAAAGGAGAAUGAAAGGUUUUAAGAAUUGAAGCUCUUGGUCAGUAGAUUCACAUGGUAUAAACCUGCUACGGGGAAUCCUAAUGUUGCACCUAGUGCAAUAAAUACACGGCAACACAGCAAGCACGAACGUUUAUAGAUGAAUGAUAGUAACAAGAUAAUGUCACAAUGGACCAAAAGGUCUUUAUCGCGUAAAGUUAUAUAAUCAGCGAGCUAUAAAGAAUUCACGGUCGUAAACCAUUGUGCGUAUCUUACUCAACGUUUAACUCUCCCGCGAUUCACGCGUAGUUUCUUGUUUAUGGAUCAAUAAAUUUGGCGAAGUGGAGAGGAAUGGAAGGGAUAAAUGAAAUCUAACAUCGACCAUGACAUUUACUGGAGUCACACUUUCGGAAUUAUCGGUUCAAUUACAACGCUUUCCCUUCUAUUGCUUCUUUCUAUCAAUUUUCUCAAUUAUUAUUAUUUAUUUUUAGUAUUUAUUUAAUAUCCUAAAUUUUCAUUUCUAAUGGAGAAACACAGAAUUCAAACUGUAUAUGCAUUUAGAAUAAUUCUUCCGUGUUAGCAAAUAAACGAAAUAAACCAAAUUUUCAAACUAAACCGAGUGUUGCAACGAUAGUUUGUUUUAGCAAUUCCCAUGCCUGGUGAGGGAUCAGCGGCGGAAAAAAAAGAAACAGAGGAGGAACGACUACAAUGCUUAGACCACGAUCAACGCGCCAAUAUUUUAAACACGGCCCCUUAACUUCGCAGGUUCUUCUUUUCCCAUAUGCACUCCUAAUCACAAGUCGCAUCGGCAGAUAUAGCGUGUACCACGAUGCACCCCGUUAAAUCUCGAGAGGGAAUCGAGAGCGAGGGAGAGUCGAAAAGGGAGAAAGGAAGGAAAGACGAGGAGGAAGAGAGAAGUAAAAGAGAUAGAAUGGGAAGAGCCGGGGUUGUAAGCGACACGAUAGAAGGAGAGAGAGGACAUGGUGGCUCGAGGAGGAACGUUGGGGCAACGUAAGAGGAGGAGGUGGUGGCGGUCGUAUCGGAGGAGGUGAAGGAGGAGGAGACGGUGGAGGAGCAGAACAGAAGGAGAAGGGGAGAGCGACAUUCCAGAAGGCGGCGGCGGCGGUGGUUCUCGUGGGAAACCAAAGAGAGAGAGAGGAGAGAGAUCUCGUCUCGAGGAGAGGUUGCGAGCCUUAAGGCACCGUUCUCAUCUCCCGACAAGCGCGACAAGACCGCCACAGAGAGACUCCUGCCUCCGAUGCCGCCGACAAUCGUCGAAUUUAUGAUUUCAUAGAGACACCUGGUUUGGCCUGGUUUCGGAGGAGUGUUUGCGUCGAAGACUGACAAGGUAUCCGAAGGUAAUAGAAUUUCAGGCAUUCGUCCUGGGAAUUUAUCGUUCCAUUAACUCAAAUGCCCUGUAAAGGAAAUUGGAUAUAGCAUUAUUCAGUGUUCCGAGCCGCGCGAACAUUUAUGGGUACAUAUGAUAUAUUAGUGGCAGCAAGCGAUAGCUGCACCCUCGAAUGCGUUCACUUCUUCUGUUUAUUAAGCAAGGAUCGACUACUGCGUUAUUCCUCGCCGAUAAAGCGGCAUCGAUGCACCGGGUUGGUCGAACGUAACGUGAUUCUUCGCUGCAGAACGAAGAAAAAAGAAGUGAUUACGAUAAGGAACCUGGGCCUCGAUCGCGUUGCUUGCAAGAACGAACUAGAUCGAUGGAUCGAGAUUACGUCAAACGUGUUGAAACACGUGUAUAUGUAUAAAAUAAUUUAUUUGAAACAAGUUGCAGAUUCGUUUGUAUCAGGUUUCUUUGUAAGGUAAAAUGCUAUUUAAAUGUGUUGAUUGGAGUACAUUUAGGUUUAUACGUUGUACAAGAUUGAACGAGGAAGCUCUAACAAGAUGUUACAGAGAGACUGUGAAUCGACCCUUAGGGUGAAUCUUCACGAAGCACGGGACAAGUGAUUUCAAGCCAAACGAACACACGAGGAGAGGAUGAUGUUUAAGCCCACGAGGUUUUGGAUCAUCGCGAAUGAUCGAAGCUCGUCUGUCCCCCGGCAUAAUUUUCCCACAGGGUUCUUUUCAGGAAUGAAUCGACAAAAAAUUUAAUUUUUACUGAAUACAUAAGCCUUUUUGUAUGCCAUUUACAAUUUUUUUUAGCGAAUCUCCAUUCCUAGUUUCCAACAAAUCUACACGCUUUAUCCUAUAGAAAGGAAGAAUGUGAAACAAGCCAAAAGAAAACAAAACAAUUGAUAAAUUUUACAUUACUUAAACAAUGAUGAAUGAAUAGAUACACACGAAACUAAUAAAGAUAAGGAACAAAUUGUAUUUAAAGAAAACGUCUUUAACACAUUAUUUCAUUGAAACAAUUAAGAUAAGAUACAUGAAACACAUCCAUAGAACUCGAUCACACAGCAGCAACUGUUUGAUUCUUAAUACAUUAAUUACUCGUUUAAUGUGUGGCUGUAUCGUGAUAGGCAGCUGGGACAUUUUAAAUAACAGUCUCUUUAUCUCAUGCAUGGUUACCCGCCAUGCAAUGACAUCAGAAUUGACAACAACUUGUCGUCGUGACGGUUGGAUGUUAUAUAGUGGCAAUAAAGCAGCUCAUUAUUAUUAUUACGAUCGUAAGUCAAACUAGGCGUCUGAACUGCGUGCUUUAUAGCACGAUAAUCGGUCAGCGUGCGUAUCGGUAUCGCCAACGACAUGCACGCGCUUGAUUAUGCGAAAGGAUAACGUCCAGUUAAACGACGUUCAGAAAUUCAACACCGAUUCAUUGUCGGGAAUAUCCAUUUCUCUGACCGUUGACGUCGCACUACCGUAUCCUGAGUCUUCAUCCUUGCUCUUGUCGAGUGGCGAUCGCUCUGCUCAUACUUCCGUGAAACCUUCGUCAGGAAAUAUUAUUGAUUAUAGCGAGUAUUAUUAGCUAUUAUUGCUAUCAAUACAUAGGAAAAUUACUCGUAUUAUGCAUGAAAAAUUAAUUGGGAUCGCAUCAUUGAAGUUAAGGAUUGAAAGCAAGUAGCUGCCAAUUCUUAUAUGAUUUCUUCAGAAAAUUACUUGUUCAAAUCUACGAGGAACAAUUAAAUAUUCAACUUGUAAUUUGCUUUGAAGUAUUCUGUAAAAAGUGCACAAAUUCUACCUUUUUCACUAUUCCCUUACAUAUAUAAAUAUAUUAUAUAAAAUAAACUUAUACUUUCAAAUAUGUAAUCACAUAUUCCAAAAAUUUCAUUACUUCAAAGGAUACAGGUAUUAACAAUUAAAAGCUACUAAAGUCUCUAAAGAAAUACAUAUCCUUGGAAAUCUAAAAUACUACUAACAUUCCACGUCGUUAACCAGUUUCCAGAAAGUUCCUGCAUCCCUUCAUCAAACAUUCGCAGCAUUCUCCUCGUCAAGUUCAGGACACGAAGUUUCGUCAACGAUGUCACCGGAACACUUCGGAUGAGACAAAGAUACCUGCAAUUCCCUUCGUGCUGUCAAAGAAGCGUACUCCAUUAUCAGAAGUUUCCUUGAUCCUGUCAGAAACGUGUGUUUCAGCGAGCAAGACGUAAGUCACGUUCACAUCGUCGAGGAGUCCGGUACCCGCGAACACCAUACCGCGACACAAUACCUCACGGAUACACGCACACGUACGCGUGCUUUUAAAACAGUUGUGCCGCCUAUAUUCCCUCCGGGAAGAAUCCAGAGGGAGUCGGUAAGGUUGGCGUGCGACGGGCUUCGUCGCGAAUUGGACUUUCAACCAUAUGUUUCUACGUGUCCUUAAAGAUCGCUGGACGUUCUCCACGUAGGACUGGAUGCGGGACUCCACACGCCAGCUCCUCUAUCGGCAAAAAUCCACCCGGUUCUCGGAUGUGGACGUCUUUGCAAAUGAUUUUUGUCGAUGACAGUGCUGCUGGGUUCUCACCGUGGGUGCUCACCGGUGAGCAUCCCUCGCACACGCACUCCGCGUAUUUGCGUACCCCGAAAUAGCCGUACCCUCCUCCCUGCUUCGUCAGACGGCCCAGGGGACGAGGAUGAGGACGCUGAAGAGGUGGACCAAGCAGCGAGGCCGGGGCGAGGGGGUAGGAACCGAGCGUGUAUACCGCAAAACCAGUUCGCUGAAAUGAAAUUUUAUAGUCCGCCUUGUGGACCGGGAGGGGCAUCCGCGUCACCGAACAUACGUGGGAGCUGCUAUACAUCGGGCGCCCGGCCCCACGGCUACGGUCCUGCCAGGACAAAUGCCUCCGCUACGUGGAUCACUCCGAUCACGAUCUCGAGCGAGAAGACCCAGCGGGUGGCUCGCGUCACGAGAAUGCAGCUCGUAGCGGCGAAGCUCAUUACGUUGACGUGUGCGUAAGAACUUCGUACACGCGAUGUAAUCGCGCUGAUGAAACUGACGCGCGGAAUGAUGCGCUACACGGCUCGUCAUAUUGAAACAAUAGAAAAAGGAGGAAAGAAAAAAAUGGCAGCGGUGUAUGGAGAGUAUCUAUCUCGAAGCGCGGAACGGUGCUGGUUUAAAUCGCGCAGGAAGAUCGGCCAGAGAUUACGUCGCGUACGGCAGCCACUCAAGUGUCGCAGUUGCACGUCGUUAAUGCGAGGCAGGUGCUAACGCGGAGAGAAAGAGACGACAGGGAGAAGGUGGCGGUGAAGGAGAAGAAGAGAAGAUGCGCCCGGAUCCCGUCCUCCCCCUAAUUGACAAAUUGGAAUCUUAUUAGAAGCUCGUGAUGCCGGAGGUACCCGAGGCAGGAGGAGCCUCGAGGCCUCUCUCGUUGGCAGGGAAGAGAAAGACCGAGUAGCGUAAAGGAGAUAGAGAAAGUGAGACAGGUAGCGACAGAGUAGCCGUGAAAGACGAGGAAAGAACGAGGGGCAUAAUGCGUGGAUGGCACGACACUAACAGGUUGUACGGCCCACAGUGGAACGGAGAGAAGAAGUACCUUAUGCUCGGCCUGCCGGCCGGCAGGCGAAUGCCACCCAGGAAGCGUUCGCGCGUGCGCGAUCUGUGUGGCCUCGGCUGGACUCGACCACCGGGCCCAGCCGAGGACGCACGAGCUGGGCCGAUUUAGCACGAGGACGCCCGAAGCCGACGUGUGCUGGCCCACCCGGUAGAGCGCGCGCGUGCCGCGUCCUGUGUGGUCUUACGUUCGCUUCUUCGCUCUUCCUAUUCUUCCUUACUGGCUCUUCCCUCUCCGUUACGCUCUCGUCGCGUCCUUUUUCUCGCUCCUCUCUCUCGGUUUCACCUUCCUCCUUCUCUGUCUUUCCCGCAUUCCAUUUUUUUUCUUACUCCUCGCGUCGUCCCUCUUUUUUUUUCUUCUUUUGUUUCUUGUGCGCACUCUUUUUUCUCUUUUUCUACGGAUUCACCGCGUUUUUCUCGUUUUCUCGCUGCUUGCACGUCUCUCCUCUCUUUCCACCAUGGAAUUCUUGCUUGUUCCACUGCGAGAACUUCUUGCUCAACUUCGCUCUCCUUCCCAGCCGACUGCUGCUCUUCGCUGCUCCGAGACACGGCUACGUGCUCGUCGUCCUUUCUCUCCUGGCGGAUCGCGGGGUUCGCCCCCACCUUCUCCUUCGACUGCGACGCUGCUACACAUGGUCCACGCUGUCUCUUGGCUCCGUCCGGGCCGCGAAGAUGAGGUGGCCCCGAAGACGAACACUGAAGGAGGGUGGAGGUGCUGACAGUGGCGUCUAAUGUGGUGAUCUACGUAAAAGAGCUACGCUUGAAAGGGGCCAUGCGUCUCCAUUAUUGCUAUUCGUCGCGAGAAACGGUUCCUCGUGUCACGUUCACAAGAGCCAUGUAGAAUUUUAUCUACGUCAGUGGGCAAAGAAAGGAGAUGAGGUGGUUCCGAUCCAAGCUCUGCGCCGUCUUGCUUUUUCACUCCCCUCGGAACUUCUCGGAUUAUUAAUCCAGCGACGAGAGAGGAUCCGUGGCGUUCGCGGAGAUUAUGGGCUCGAGAGCAUGGCCAAGGUGCUGCUACGUUAACAAGCAUCAAUAGGCCGAAAGAGGAACGAGAAGGCGCAGGGAUCGUAAAAUGUGAUUCCGAGGAUGAAAGAUCGCGUUUUGCUCUGUCCCUUUAUCUACGCGAUAUCCCUUCGACAAAGUAGCGAAACGGGAGUAUACGUGCAAAAUUGAUCCGUAGGCGGUACACCGAAUCGAUUUGAUUUUAUAAAUGGCUUUUGGAUUCUUCGUUGGCCAUAUUAUUGUGAACAGAUGUAAUGUAUUUAGGAGAGAACAAUCGUAUGGAAGAUACGAGGAAAUAAUAAAACCAUUAAGAAAGAUUCUGCUAAACAACAUCUAUUCCACUGGCGAAGAAAUUAGAUUCAAUAACUUAAUACUUAUUGGACAUAAGGCAUAGAGUUUCAUGUUAUGUUAAUAUUUUUUUCAAAUUGAAUAUUGUAUUUGAACCAAAUGGAAAAUCUUCACUUCUAUUUGUGUGCAAAAGCUUGAUUGCAGGCGGAAGAUGGACGAAGAAUCGAAGAGGUUGUUCGUCACCAGGAAUUCGGGGAAUCGAGGAGCGUCGCGUUUAAUAAGAUCCCGGGAGUCUGCCGACACGGCGUAGGAAUGUGACAAAAGUGGUAAUCGGGCGAAGCGACGAAGUACAAGCCAGCUGGAACAAGCGGCAUGAGGAAAGAAGAAGUAAGAUCAAGAAAAAAAGAAAAUAAGAAUGAAACAUCGAAAAUUGUAAAGAAGAGCGAAACUUGACGAAGAAGCGAAGGUCACAGCCCACCCUACGUCUCGAGAUGUACACGCUGCCGCCUCGGGGGUAGAGAAGACACGGUCAUUGAGAAUCUUGGCGCAACGCGCGGUACUUUCUUGGAGCGUAAAGUCCCCCUCCGAGAAGGCGAGAGAGGGAACCUUUUGGAGGAGAGAAGGAGAGGCGAGUAACAAGGUAGAACGUUGUUGCGACGACAACGACGACAACGAAAAGGACGAAAAGGAAGGAUCAAUCGAACGCGAAGAGGGGCAAAAGAGGAGAUCGGUACGUAAAAGGAAGAGGGACAGGCUGCGUGGCAAAGAAGCCGAAGAAACGGAAAGAUUCGAAGGAGGAAGGAGCAACGUUGGCGAAUAAAGAGCGAGAGGAAGAGAGGCGAACAAGUAAGAGAGAAGAUAGGCUACGAUCAAACCGAAUCGAACGAGGAGAAAGUUGAAAAGACUCUCUUACUCUCUCCUCCUUCUUACCCUCUCUUUUUAUAUAUUCCUGUCUUUGUUUAAUCAAUUCGAUCUCUGUCCAGCGCGGUGCACCUGUCUUCGUUUACCUCGCGCACGCCCCGCCCCGACCAAUCGAGACUCUUGGGGCCUAGUGACGUCGCUAACGCGCACUACAAGGCCCUGUCGUGGUGGGGCCAGUAUCAUCUCCCCACUACCUGGAAGAUCGGAGGCCGUGAGAGCCCCACGGGGGCCAGCAGCUAGCUGCAACCAGCGCCAGCGGCCCGGCCGGCCGUUGGCCACCUUGGUGGGGGCAGGAAGAGGGGCACCCUGCUGCCCAAGAACAGACCGAAGGAACAACGCAAGGGUACCUACUGAAACCCAUCCCGCAUUUCCCACCACUGACUCGUCCGGAAAACGUGCGCCACAGAGCUUCCGGACUACUCGGAUAUCGAGUUCAGUCAAGUGAGUCAGAUCGAUCGGGUACACUGGCAAAGAGUUCGACAUCUCGGACCGCUAUCGUAUCGAAGGAAAGUUUCAUCUCUGUUUGUCGUCGGUUUUGCGCGUUCCAUUCAAUUGCGCGUGGUUUGAUCUUGGAGAGCGUGGUUCGAUCUUGGAGAACGUAGUUUGAGAAAUUUUCUUUCUCACGAGGGUGUGUGGUGUUACGGUUAGCCGAUUAAGCAGCAUAGCAAUGGCUCCUGUUGAUUUCUGAUGUACGAUGAAAACAUUUGACACUAAAGCAAGCUUGGAAUAUAUCGUCGCAUUAUCGCUGACGCGUGAUAGUUAACGCGCACCACCCACAGGUGGACAUCGAGCCUUCGUUGACUAGCGAUAGCAUACACGAACCAAUGUCACAACCACCGAUAGAAGGGAUAAAAAGAGAAAGGGAAGUCGAACAGUGAGAGAGGAUCUCCCCCUGGAGGCUCUCGUGCAGUGGCUCUCGUUUAUAGUUUCUUAUCGCGGCGAUCGAUUACCAUCGACGUGUAAUAAUCCUUCGUAAUCCUAGUGGAUUAUUUUGGCUCUCGCGUGUGGUGAUUAGACGCAGCUACGACGGUCACAACGGUGAUAAGAGUGCGUGCAGGGGAGGUGUGUGAUGCCCUGGUUAUGGUUAAGCGUGAGUGAGGUCAGUGGCAAGAGGAGGAGAAGAAGGACCGGCAGCUCGUCAAACGCGUCGUCCUCGUCGUCGUUGUCUAGGUCGUCGUCGUCGUUCUGUCAGCCGUGGAGGAGGAGGAUACCCGGCGGCGGUGGUGGUGGCGAGGACUCGGUGGUACCGUCGACGUGCUCGACAAACACGAGCGCAGCAGGGUCCGCGAGGUGCACGAGGUACCAGUGACCGAACAGGGUCGUCCUCGAGGCAGAGCCACGUGAUUAUGGUGCACCAUCAUCAUCGUCGUCGCGGCCUUCAGGCGAGCAAUCAUUGCACGAUUAGGAGGCGAGGAACGACACCCUCGCUGCUCCAGGUGUUCCUGCUGAUACUGUGCAUUUGGCUACCGCUGCUGGACAACGGUGGCCUCGUUCUGGCUUGUGGACCGGGCAGGGGCGGUGGACGACGUCCUGGUCUAAGGAAACUCACGCCUCUGGUGUUCAAGCAGCAUGUGCCGAACGUUAGCGAGAACACGCUGCCGGCCAGCGGGAUCAGCGAGGGUCGCGUGUCCAGGCACGAUUCCAGGUUCCGGGAUCUCGUGCCCAACUACAACGCAGACAUCAUCUUCAAGGAUGAAGAGGGCACCGGAGCCGAUCGGCUGAUGACACAGAGGUGUAAGGAGAAGCUGAACACCCUGGCUAUCUCGGUAAUGAACCAGUGGCCGGGAGUGAAGUUAAGGGUGACAGAGGGUUGGGACGAGGAGGGAAAACACGCGACGGAUUCGCUGCAUUACGAGGGACGUGCCGUCGACGUGACGACGAGCGAUCGGGAUCGCUCGAAAUACGGAAUGCUGGCGAGACUCGCUGUCGAAGCUGGUUUCGACUGGGUCUACUACGAGUCUAGGUCCCACAUUCACUGUUCUGUCAAGUCUGAAUCAUCGUCAGCGGCGAAAUCCGGAGGUUGCUUCCCGGGCAGAAGCUUGGUGCGAACGGCGGACGGUUCCUCGAAGCGGCUGGAUCAAGUGCAACUUGGUGAGCGAAUCGCAGCCCUGGACUCGCACGGUGACAUCGUGUACAGCGAAGUAAUAGCCUUCCUGGACCGUUCAUUCGCCGAGAGGCGACAAUUCGUCCGAUUGACCACCGAAUCUGGUCGAGUUCUCACCCUGACACCAGCUCACCUGGUCCCGGUCGAAGGCAGAUCCACGGUAUUCGCUGGCAGAGUUCAGCCAGGGGACAAGAUCCUGGUAAGAGACCCAGCCGAUGAAAACGAGGUUCAGCAUCGUCUACGAUGGGACAAAGUAAUCGACAAUCGAUUGGUUCUCGAAGAAGGCAUUUAUGCUCCUUUAACGAUGGAGGGAACGGUGUUAGUCGACGAUGUGGUCGCUUCUUGUUACGCGUUCGUAGACAACCAGGAACUGGCUCACUUCGCGUUCCUUCCGUACCGAAUGUGGAGCGCUGUGAGAAAAUUUUUCGAAAGGAGGCUCCUGGAAGCAGAGGACCUCAGGUACACGGACGCGAGGCAGGACUCGAGAACGGGGCAAGAAGGCAUACUUGGAUAUGCGUCCUUCCUCUAUUGGAUCUCCUCGUACGUCACGCCAUCGAGGAUACUGUAUCAGUGAGACGAGGUCGAUCGAGAGGAUUUCUUCUCGGCUUUUAUCUUUCUUUUUUCGUCGAACGGACUGCGAAACGCGUCCGCGAGUGCCCCACGUGGAGUCAGGCGAAGGAGGAUUUCGAAGGAUGUGGAAGAUCGUUCGAGGUCUCUUGACAAGAAUGCACGUGUACAGGGGAAAACGAUGUGGAAGAACUGAGGUGGAAUCGGAAUGGAAUUGCAGAUUUACUUCGUUUUGGAACCCAAAGAAUUUGUUCCUCUUUCUUCCUUGGAAUAUACGAGAGUUUGCAACAAGUAGAAAACGAAAAUAUAACGUAGCUAGAAAACUAGUACUUUUUGGAUUCUACUCGUGUUAACCCUUAAUCACAGAUGUUGGUGCUUUUAAUAUUACCAUGUACCAAUAUAGUCCCUUGGAUUAUUUAUUAAAUCUCUCUGUUUUGAAUUAGAAUAGAAUUGAAUUAGAAUUAGUUAGAAAACAAAGGACGAGGCUUCUUAGAAUGGAAGAUGAUCAAGUGUUGAAGCUUUUAAAAUUGCAUGCUAAAUUGUGGUAAUGAUAUGAAAACUUACAUUUAGUCUAUAGUUGAGAGUUAAACAACCCCAUAUGUUACGAAAGGAAGCCACAAAUUCAGUGUGUCUCAAAACAAAGUUGAACCGAAAUGAUAAUGAAAGUAAGAUAGAAACGAACGAAUGGACGAAUACUGGACGACGUGAAAGGUCCACGCACGUGUUCCUGUAUCGUAAAAAGAAGAGAUCCUGGUUGUUAAUAAUGGAAUAAACGAACGAAACGAUCGUUUGUCUCUUUCUGUUGAAUUUUUAUUCUAGGAUCGGAUUUCUUCUUUUUUUUAUUCAUUUUUCAUCGAGAAAUGUACUCGAUGCGUGGACUGUGCGCGUAGCUCGAAGUCGAAGAUGCAUGCAGAAAUGAAAUUUGUUCUGGCCAGUGACCUCUCCUCCAUUCAUUGAAUUAACUUGUAGUAUACUAGGUAUUAUUAUCGAGAGGAUGGAGUUGAAACGAAGCUUUAGAAGCGAAGAAGCUUGUGCUCUUGGUAUAGUGUGUGUAUAAUACGAAUAUAUAAUAUAAUUAUUGUAAUUUUCUUCAUUUUUGGCUUUCUCUGUCUCAUUUCUGUCUGUCUGUCUGUCUCUCUCUCUCUCUCUGUCUCUAUCUGUCUGUCUGUGUCUCUCUCUCUCUCUCGCUCUUCCUCGACGAAUUUUAUUUUUGCGCGCGAAUCGUGUUUUUUCGGAUUAUGAGAUGGAUCUUUUACGAAGCCCGGUUAGAAUGGAACUUUGCGACGAAUUCGUCGAUAAGUCGAACGAAAGGGACAUAGUGCGUGUUUGAAAUUUAUUUAUGGAACUUUUGUUAGGAUGAAAGGGUCGAUGUUCGACGAGAUGCUUGGAAUACUUGAGAAGUAUGCCCCGUUUUGUACUUUGUGACGCGAGUGAAAAGUAUUUGGCUGAACUUAUGUAAAAAUAUGUUUUGUUAUUUUUCAUGAAAUACGCGAUAAAAUAUUCGUGUUCAUUCGUGCCACGUAUUCUGUGAAAUAAUUGAUUUUUAUGUGUUCACGGUUCUGCGUUUUAUCGUUCUCGUAAAAUACGUAUACGUCCCAUAAAUUUUCAGAACAGGUUUUAUCAUGUUCGUGAUUUAUUUCUUGACGUCUUGAUCAAAGUUUUAAUAAUAUUUUAAUAUUUUUCAAUAUUUGGAAAAAGAACGGAGGAUUUUAGAGGAUCAUUUCGGUCUGUGUGUGUAAUUACUUUUUGUGAUUAUUGGAAGUAUAAGUAUAAUUGGAAGUAUAAUUGGAAGUUCAUACGGAAAAAAUAUUAUUACAUGUACAAAAUUUUUAAGACUUUUUUUAUUAAAAAUUGUAGAAGUACAAUCUUGAUUAUUUAUUCCUAAAAAUAUUUACGUGAAACAUUUAUCAAGUUACGAAGAUGUACAUUAUUUGCCUUAGAAUAUUUAUGAUAUAACAUAAUUCUGUUUAAAAAUUCGGCACCGUUUUGUGCUUCGAAUAUUUCGAAAAUUAAUUAGACGCGUACUUAAGCCAAGAAUAUUACGUAUUACACGUAAAGACGGAUAAAGUGCUCGAUUUUUUACCUACGAAUCCUUUGAAAAUAAUAAUGAAAUUUUGUUAAUGAAAUGAUGAAUAAGACGAUUCACGAUAUGUUUCUAAUGCCGCUUAUGCAAAUUACAAACGUACUAUCUAAACGAGUUAUAGGCAAAGAUUGAAAUUAUUCAGCCAAAUCACAGAGACACGUUCAUGUUCGUUGCAACAUGUUAUACCUUUUAAUCGCUUCUCGCCCCCAAUUCUUGCCUCGAAAGUAGCGUCGACUUUCAUUCAUCUAAUACGGCAUUCUAAUGUUAGAAACAAUUUAUUUAUAGAGACUAAACGUUGACGUUCGUUCGUCGAUCGAUGCUUUCUUUUCGCGCUUUUGGUGCCCUGUGUAUACGUAUGCAAAGUAGCAGAAGAAGCUAGAAAAAAAAAAAAAGAGAAAGAACUAGAAAACGGAAAAAAAGUAUUACGUCCCCGUUACCUUUUCCCCAAGUGACCUAGAAGAAGAAGAAGAAGAAGAAGAAGAAGAAGAAGAAGAAGAAGAAGAAGAAGAAGAAGAAGAAGACGAAGAAGAACAGAUUAGGAACGCUUCAAAGAAAAGAAGAAAAGCGUAGAAAAAGGAAAGAAUCAUUGUACAUAGUCCGCUGUUCGCCAGUUUCUUUUUCUUCUGUAGAAUUCUGCGAGCGCCGCGUUUCCCUCAACUCGAUCUUUUUUUUAAUCGUAUCCCGUAUAGAAUUGCUGCAUUUAACGCCACCUAUAAACCCGAAACAACGAUUUUCUCUUCCCCUCGAUGUACAGGAAUCCGUAGCGUGAGAUAUCGCAUAUUCGAUUUUUUCAAACAUCAUCGAUUUAUCCGGAAUUGGCUGAGAAUGAUUCAUUCUCACGCUAGAGAGGUUACUGCAUCGACGCCUAAGUUAUCUGCAGAAAUUUAUAUAUUAUAGUAAUUAUUAUUAUUAUUAUAUUAUUAUAUUAUUAAUAUUAUUAUAUUAUUAAUAUUAUUAUUAUUAUUAUUAUUAUUAUUAUUAUUAUUAUUAUUAUUAUUAUUAUUAUUAUUAUUAUUAUUAUUAUUAUUAUUAUUAUUAUUUUUAUUUGUACGUAGCGAAAACAAAUUAUAAAUUAUGUAUAUACACCAUCGAUAGAUUGAAUUACAUCAUUAAAC